UUAAAAAAAUUGUGAAUGUGGAGUAUACUGGGACCGUUAAGUAGCCGGCGCCAAGUAUUCGAUAGCUCCAUGGUUUCGGUUCUUCUCAUCCCUUAAAACCCAACCCAAUCCCAUCUUCUUCCCCGUUUCCUCUAACUCGCUUUCGAACUCAAAACACUAGGUUUCACCCUUUUUUAGCCAUUGGAUCCUCAAAACGAAGCCUUACUCACCACAGGAAAACAUAUAGUACUACACAAUCAUGGUGGUCGAAACCAACUUCUCUUCUCCUCGAACCGACGCCUUUCCUGCCGGCCUCCGUGUUCUCGUCGUCGAUGACGAUCCUACCUGGUUGAAGAUCCUUGAAAAGAUGCUCAAAAAGUGUUUUUACGAAGUGACUACAUGUUGUCUUGCACGAGAAGCCCUGAACUUGCUUCGUGAAAGGAAGAAUGGUUAUGACAUCGUAAUCAGUGACGUUAACAUGCCCGACAUGGAUGGUUUUAAACUUCUCGAACACGUUGGACUCGAAAUGGAUUUACCUGUCAUUAUGAUGUCCGUCAAUGGAGAAACAAGAAGAGUGAUGAAAGGUGUUCAGCAUGGCGCCUGCGAUUACCUUCUAAAACCUAUUAGAAUGAAAGAGCUUCGGAAUAUAUGGCAGCAUGUGUUCAGAAAGAAGAUACAUGAGGUGAGAGACAUUGAAAGUCUGGAAGGCAUCGAAAGUAUUCAUAUGACAAGAAGCUGCUCCGAGCUGUUCGAUGAUGGGCACUUCCUUGGUGCAGAAGAUUCAACCUCGGGAAGGAAAAGAAAAGACGCUGACAACAAACAUGACGAUAAAGACCUCGUUGAUCCUUCAUCCACCAAGAAAGCCAGAGUUGCUUGGACAGUAGACCUUCACCAAAGAUUCGUCAAGGCAGUAAAUCAGAUUGGAUUUGAUAAAGUAGGACCUAAGAAGAUACUCGCUCUGAUGAAUGUACCGUGGCUAACGAGAGAAAAUGUUGCCAGCCACUUGCAGAAGUACCGCCUCUACUUGAGUAGGCUGCAGAAGGAAUGCGAUAUAAAGAACUCAUUUAUCGGAAUAAAGCAUUCGGAUCCAUCUUCGAAAGAUUCAACCUCCGGUUCUGGUCUCCAUAACUCAAUGAAUGUGAUACAGGACAAUGUGUCUAAUGGCAGCUUUAGUUUUUCCGUGAAUAACUCAUGUGUCCCGGAUGUCGAUCUCAAAGGCCACGAAGGUGAUGGAAAAGGAAUUACUUCAGGGCCAAUGGCAGAGUCCAAAGGAACAUUUUCUAUCGACAUUCCUGAUCCUCAUAAAGGCAAGAGUUUGCAGAUAAGCUUCGAUCAUUCCCAUGGAUCAGUUGAUUCGGUUGUAAACUUGGCAUCAUUCGGUUCUACUGACACGGUGCAGUACUCCUGGAAUGAAGUUCAUGAGAUUCAAUUCAAACAAGAGUAUGAACAGUUGCAAUUAGAAAACAGAAUCAACCAACAUCCGCUACCUGGUUUGCAGCAUGAUUUGCUGACCAAAUAUCUACAACCUGCCGUACCAGUUGGCCCUGGACCUUCCGUAACCGAAAAAACGGGUACCAGUAGUGGAUUUGAAUUUAAGCCUAUGUGUGACGAGUACAGAAGCGAUCACAUCAAACAUUCGACUCCAACAGAAGCAGCCGGUGAGAGCCAUACGCUUAAUGAUCAAGUUUUCGAGUCCAUUUGCACUUCUACAUCAAGCAUGAAAAGUCAGGACAUCAUUCCAAACCACCUCACGGAGUCGGAAUUUUCACCGAGAAACCUGUACGACGGACUAGGAGUCGAGGACUUGCAACUCUGUUGGCUUCAAGAUGAUUGUUAUGCCAUGAAUUCCGCUCUCCAGGGUUUCGACUGCACCGAGUAUAACAAUCCAGCAACGAUACCCGAAAUGCCGUUUCACUUGUAUGAUGCACCAAGGUUCGAUCACGAGCAUCUGUUCGAUCCCGCGGAAUAUUACAUGAUCGAUCAAGGAUUGUUUGCGUAGCACGGAAUCACAUCAACGGCGCAGAAACCGAUCCUUUGCUGUUAUAGGUAAUAUCUGUAAGUAGAGUACUUCCAUUUUCAUUGGAUUGAAAUGCCAUUUUGCCAUUCAAUUCUGGACUUGAAUGUUGAAGCAUGUAUGAUACAAGUGGUGAUAAA